AACGUAAUUCUCCUCUCACUUGUAACAAAAAAAAGAAAGAAGAAGGUGAAUAUCAUGGAAAAUAUGGAUGAAUCCUUUUUUCAAGAAACAGAGCACAGGCCAAAACAGAGUACAAUUGAGGCAGAAGACAUACCCAUAAUUGAUCUCUCUCCCAUUCUAACCUCUGAUUCUUCAGAAAUAACAAAUCUUGUUGCACAAAUUGGUGAUGCAUGCAAGAAAUGGGGUUUCUUUCAAGUAAUCAACCAUGGAGUUCCAUCAACCUGUCGCCAAAAAAUAGAGAGAGCAUCAAAGGAAUUCUUCUUGCUUCCUACUGAAGAGAAGAGGAAAGUGAGUAGAGAUGAAGAUAACCCUAUGGGGUUUUAUGAUACAGAGCAUACCAAGAAUGUUAGGGAUUGGAAAGAAGUUUUUGAUUUUGUUGUGGAGAAUCCAACUCUCUUGCCUGCUUCUCAUGAACCCCAUGAUACGGAGCUCAGGGAACUGAAGAAUCAAUGGCCUGAUUUCCCUAACAAUUUCAGGGAGGCAUGUGAAGAAUAUGGUCGAGGUAUUGAGAAACUGUCCUACAAGUUGCUAGAAUUGAUUGCUCUAAGCUUAGGCCUGUCAUCCAAAAGGCUCAACAGCUACUUUAAGGACCAAACAAGUUUUAUGCGAUUAAAUUACUAUCCGCUAUGCCCAAUUCAUCAUUUGGCUUUGGGAGUUGGGCGGCACAAGGAUGCUGGUGCCCUGACUGUUCUUGCUCAAGAUGAUGUUGGAGGCCUCGAGGUGAAACGCAAGGCAGAUGGAGAGUGGAUACAAGUGAAACCAACUCCAGAUGCUUAUAUUAUCAACGUUGGUGACAUAAUUCAGGUUUGGAGCAAUGACAGAUAUGAAAGUGUGGAACAUAGGGUGAUAGCAAGCUCCAAGAAAGAGAGAUUCUCCAUUCCAUUUUUUUUCAACCCGUCUCACUAUGUAAUGGUUGAGCCUCUGGAAGAGCUUACAAAUGAAGAAAGUCCAGCAAAAUACAGGGCUUACAACUGGGGAAAAUUUCUCACUACAAGAAACCUUAGCAAUUUCAAGAAACUUAAUGUUGAGAACAUUCAAAUAUAUCAUUUUAGAAAUGGGUGACCUGUAAUGACAAAUGUAGUGUAUGAGAAGUAUUAUUAAGGUGUUAUUUUCAGCUGGAAGGAAAUAAAGUGGUGGAGUUUUUUCUUGUAAAUGAUAUGCUUGUGUUUCGAUAA